AUGCCAUACGGACGAAGCCUGUCGCGUGGAAGGAAAGGAUCGAGCUAUCCUACGGGGGAAGGGAUGCUUGUGGACGCCAUCACAAAACAGUUGCUUUUGAGCGAAAUUGAUGCAAAGAAAAUGGGGCGCACUAUCCUACGAGGUAACGAGUUAUUUACGGAAGGUACAGCAAGCGCCAUUUUGGAGGGCCAUCUAAGAAAAAAGAAAUCGUCUGGUACACUGAAUUUCUUGGUGGAUCGCAUUCGCUACAAGAGGAGAACAGGCAAUACUCGGGGUGAAUGUACACUGUAUCGAGAAAUAAAACAUUUUUAUCGAUUUCCUUCACAACCAAAUGCCUUCAUGCUUUGUGUUGAACAGGAGCACACUGGAAAACGCAGCUACGAAACGUACACAUGUAGGGAUGCAUCUGAUGUCAACUCAGCACAACGGCUGGUAAGUCAGGCCAGAUCAGAUCCUCAAUGCUUGCUUCACAAUCCCGAGCAAAACGGCAGAGGUGAAUCUACACCUGAGUCCGAUGGGUCUUAUUCUCGGUACAACGGUAGGGGAUACGUUAAUGGCGUAACAAAAACUGUGUUUUCAUCCUACGAAACUCCACUGAUCACACAGCGACAAUCACGCUGGGAUAUAAUGCAACCUGUUGUACAAUCUCCCCUGUUAAUCGAACGUACACGGAGUGCCUCUUCCUUGCAGAUCUACGAUCCAGGAUCGUCACCUGAAAUUCCCAACAACGUAUCUUACAUUCAGAGGGUAGUUCCGGUGAGGACAGAGCCAUCUGCAAGCACGUUCUCCCAUACGCUGGUUGAAGAAGUUCGCUCUCCAUCUCCCAUAGUCCCCAUGCCUGUCCACGCGGAACAUCAUGAUUGGAUUAUCCAAUUGCCUUCGGGUGAGUACAGGGAGGUAAAAUUAAUCAAUCCACCUCCCAGAACGAAGUUUAUCCGCCCUUCUUGGAAUGAUGAUGUUACUUUUAUAUCCAAAACUAACUCUGGGAGGGAGCCUCAGGUUUCUGAUACUGGACCGGUCUACAUGUAUGUUGCACGCACGCAGCGUCCAUCGGUUACUCCGCCUCAAGCACCGGAGCCCAAGUUGAGGAAAAAGAAAACUUCUCGUUAUGACCGCGGCUCGCUAGAUUAUUGGAUACAUUCACUUCCUCCGAGUAAGCUACUGUCACGGCGUACAACACAGUGCUGA